AUGAUUUCUCGCGCUUCGCUCUCAACAACCACCCCGCGGCAAGCCAAGAACCAUAUAUACGCCCCCAUCCGUAACAACGACUCAUUCUCAACCUAUCUCUCUCUCUCAACCUCAUCCCGCACACCCCUUCUCACCCUCUGGACCGCAUCCUGGUGCUCAACCUGCAAAGUCGUCAGCCCCCUCAUCCGGGAACUUGUCGAGUCCGGCGUGGGCGAGGAUGAGGGCGGUGUUUCCCUUGCUACGGUCGAGUUUGACUCGCCAGAUAUCAUGUCUGGGAGCCCCAAUCUUGCCAUGACCUACAUGAUCACCAGCAUUCCCACGCUGCUGAGCUUUGACGGCGGAGAGGCCCAAACGGCGACCAAGUUGGCGGAUGCUAGGAAGCUUUCUGACAAGGAGUUUCUCAAGGAAUGGAUCAGGACUGAGGCAAGGAGACAAGGAGGCCGUGGUGGAGGCGGCGGAGGUGCUUCGUCGGCGUUUGGAGGAUUAUUUGGGAGGUGA